AUGCCUUCUUGGGAUCGCUUCGCCGAGCUGUGUCGCCUUCGCUUCGGUCCAGCAGUACGCGGUUCUCGCCUUGCGGAACUGGGAUGCCUCCCCUUCCUGUCCACGGUCCAGGAGUACUCGGACCGCUUCCAGGCGUUGCUGUGUCGAGCUCGGGACGUCUCCCCCAUGCAGAAGACAGAGCUAUUCGUGGGCGGCCUUCCCGAGUACUUGCGGGUGGACGUUGAGCUGCGCGACCCGCAGGAUCUACAAACUGCCAUGUACCUGGCACGGGCGUUCGAACGGCGCGCGGCGGCCUGGCCCCCAUUCCAGCAGCGCGGGUCGCGACCACCGCAACGGGCGCAGGGCUCGGGUCGCGUGACACCAGCACCGUCCGGGGCUCUACCGACCGAUACGACGACGCCAGGCGAUAGUACGACUCCGACACGCCCGUUUCGCCGAUUGUCCCCGGGCGAGCAGCAGGAGCGGCGCCGGCAGGGGCUCUGCUUCAACUGCGAUGAACCCUACGUUCGGGGACACGUCUGCCAGCGGUUGUUCUACUUGGAGGUCGACGACUUUCUCGACGAGGCAACCGAUGAGGGUGGGGUCGACCCCCUAAAGAAGCCGGCCGCCCCAGACGUCACGGGAGCCAAUGCGUUGGUGGUCUCGUUACACACGCUGGCGGGCAUCCGGACGGACAAGUUGCUGCUGCUACCAGUCACCAUCAACGGCGAGCGACUACUCGCGCUCAUGGACACAGUGUCAACCCACAACUUCCUCAACGCUGUCACGAUGAGCCGCCUCGGGUUAGCUAUGGCGGGUGGCGAGCACCUUCGGGUCACGGUGGCCAACGGUGACCGCCUACCCUGCGCUGGCAUCGCCCGCGACGUCCCCGUCAUCAUCAACGACAAGUCCUUCUCCAUCACGUGCGUCGGGAUGCGCCUGGGCUGCUUCGACUUCAUCCUCGGCGUGGACUUCCUAGAGACGCUGGGCACCAUCCAGUGGAACUUCCGAGCACUGACCCUGUCGUUCCAGCGCCAGGGCCGGCGCAUCCACUGGCAAGGUGUGCGGGCCACGCAACAGCCUGCCCCGCAGCAGCUGGCUGUGGCAGUCAUCGACACUGCCCAACAGCCCCUCAUGGACGUCCUUCUGCAGCAACAUGGCGCCAUCUUCGACGAGCCCACGGGACUGCCCCUGGCCCGCCCCUACGACCAUCGCAUCCACCUGCUGCCCGGUACAGCUCCAGUGGCCGUACGACUGUACUGGUACGCACAGCUGCAGAAGGACGAGCUGGAGCGACAGUGUGAGGCCAUGCUCACACAAGGCAUCAUACGACCCAGCACGUCGCCGUUCUCCAUGCCGGUGCUCUUGGUUCGCAAGGCAGACCGCUCGUGGCGUUUUUGCAUCGACUACCGCGCCCUCAACGCCAAGACGUCCAAGGACAAGUUCCCAAUCCCGGUGGUGGACGAGCUCCUCGACGAGCUCCAUGGAGCCCGUUUCUUCUCCAAGCUGGACCUACGCUCAGGCUACCACCAGGUGCGGAUGCACACCGAUGACAUCGCCAAGACGGCGUUCCGCACCCAUCAUGGCCACUAUGAGUUCCUGGUCAUGCCGUUCGGCCUCUCGAACGCGCCUGCUACUUUCCAGGCCCUGAUGAACGACGUACUCCGCCCAUAUCUUCGGAAGUUUGUGCUUGUCUUCUUCGACGAUAUCCUGAUCUACAGUGCAUCAUGGGCGGAGCACCUCCAGCAUGUGGGCAUCGUCCUCGAGACAUUGCAGGCACACCACCUCCAACUGAAGCGCUCCAAGUGUUCCUUCGGCGCCACAUAA